UUUAAAUCAUGAAAUAAUAUUUUUGUUUCUUUUUUGGUUCAUAUGUCUAGUAUAAUGUCUGGUUUAGAUGUAAUAUUUGACAUGUUAAUUUUAACCCAGAUGUUGAAGUUCUAUUACCUCAUUUACAAUUUUUAUUUCUUGCCUUUUCAGCCUCCAAAAGGAAAACCACCUACAAAAGGUGCAAAACAAAUUUUGAUGGAGAACUCGGCCACUGUUAAUUUUUACAGAAAUAUGGCAAUAGGUGCUGCCUUAUUCCAUUGUGCUCUUCUUAUUGCUAUUUAUUCAGAAAGCAUAACAUCAUGGACUAUUGCUUUCAAUUUAGUUGCCAUUUCAAUAAAUACAAUUUGCUAUCAAGCAAUGAAGAGCAUUAGCCGGCCCAAGUACUCUGACAACAGUCAACUUAUUGACCCAGGGCUGGAUCUCAACAUGGAAGGUGGUAUGGGCGAGCAUUUGAAAGAUGUUGUUAUCUUAUCUUCUAUCACACAUGUGCUGGCAGUUUUCUCUAAUUAUUUCUGGUUGUUAUUAUUAUUCAUACCAAUGAGAGCUUUUUGGUUAUUGUGGAAGAAUAUAUUAGGGCCUUGGUUCUUCCAAGAAGCCCCAGAAGAUACAGAACAGGAUGAAAAAAAAAGGAAAAAGAUGGAAAGGAAAAUGAAAAGAUAUCAGCAAUAAAUAAAUUUGUAUGUUUAAAAUUUUCAUUAAGUAUAAAUAAUCGUG